AUGAUCGCCACUGGAACAUUCGGGGGCGUCGUAGAACUGAAUAAUUUUCCCUCUGAAGAGAGCCCUUCACCGAAGGCGCAGACCCUACAAAUCCCCAGCAUGUAUGCACGGGAUGGCACAGGGCCUGUGCGUGCGAUGGAGUGGAGCUCAGACGGAUAUGUCCUUGCGGUAGGGUGGGAGAAAGGCUGGGCGGUCUGGAGCGUGGGCGGUCGGUGUCUCGCUUGGGGAUUUGGGGUGGAAUAUGAGGUAGACGACGAAAAAUUCCAGGACGCUUUCAUGUAUGGUGUGAAUGAUCUAUUCUGGGCCCCUGGUAAUUUUGAGCUCGUUGUCCUCGCAGGAUCGGCACCGCCUAAAAAGCCCGACGGGCAGCUUUUUAUAAUCCCUUUCGCCAAGAGUGCUACCACUGGCCAACACUCUCCGGACAACACGCAAUAUGCGUUCCUUCAGAUGGACGACCGCGUGCUAGUGUACCGCGGAGCCGAUCAGCCAGACAUGAGUGUAAUUAAUCCCGAAUCCGAUGUCUGGCAGCAUGUCAAAAUCCCUCAAUCCUACCUCUCAACCAAUUGGCCCAUACGCUACUCGGCAUUGAGUGCAGACGGCCGUCUUAUCGCAGUUGCCGGUCGGCGCGGUCUCGCGCAUUAUAGUACGACGUCUGGGCGCUGGAAGAUGUUUACCGAUGAGAUACAGGAACAGGCAUUCAUUGUCAAAGGUGGUCUACUCUGGUUCCACCAUGUCUUGAUAGCCGCAGUGGACGUUUCGAGUAAUCACCAGAUUCGUCUGUACUCGCGCGACCUCGACCUGAGCAACCAAAACGUACUGCAUCGCGAAAUUAUCUCCUCGUCCGUCGUUAUUCUCUCUCUGGUCGAUAAUUCUCUGCUCGUGUACACAGUGGACAACACGCUCCAUCACUAUCUAAUUAUCCCAACGGAAGACACGAUCAAGCUCCAUCUUUGCGGGACUAUCAGCUUCAAUGGCGUCAUAGCCGCUCCCGGGGCUGUCAGGCUAUUAAGUUGGAUGAUCCCCAGCGCGCAGAAGCAACUUGGUGAUCCUGUGGAAGACCUCGCGGUCGCUACCGUGCUGAUGAUAGUCGGCGGCAAGCUAGUUCUGUUGAAGCCAAGAAGAUCUAGAGACGAAGAGGUUAAGUAUGACAUACAGAUUCUGGCGGAUCGCAUCGAAUUCUGCUGGAUACACUUGCGGGGGAUUGGUACUCUUGAGAAUUCACUGUGGGGAUAUGACGGCAAGGGAAUCCGGCUUUGGCUGAAUGCGCUGAACAUCGAGUCUCCAACCUCCGCUGCGAUCGAGGUUGGAGCGCCCCAGGAAAGCGUCAAGGAGAGCGUCAAUAUACCGCUUGAGUUUUAUCCUCUGUCUGUCCUGAUGGACAAGGGGAUUAUAAUUGGUGUGGAGUAUGAGGCUGCGACGAGGGCGAGUCUAUCCUUCACAAUGUUCAGACAGGUCACGAGUUCCCACCUCUUCUUGAAUCAUGUCUUAUUCUCGCAUCUGGAGAGUGGGCAGAUGAGAGAGGCCAUUAGCUUCGCGUCACAUUACCAGCACUUGGUCUUCUUUGCACACUCGUUGGAGAUUAUGCUACACAGCGUCGUGGAAGAGGAUGCUACCGCCCAACACGAAGCGCGAGUGGAUGGUGGGGCUGCGCAAUGUCAGAGUUUAUUGCCGGAUGCGGUGGAGUUUCUCGACCACUUCGAUGUCGCUUUGGAUGUGGUGGUGAACUGCGCGCGUAAGAUCGAAAUGACAAGAUGGCCGCGGCUGUUUGAUAUUGUAGGCAACCCAAGGAGUCUCUUCGAGCUAUGUCUCUCAUCCAGCCGACUGAAGACAGCAGGGUCGUUCUUGCUAGUCUUGCACAACCUGGACCAGCUUCAUGGUGAUGGUAUGGAUGGGGACGCCGUGAGGCUGCUGAAGAGUGCCAUCGCAGUGAAAGAUUACCAGUUAUGCCGGGAGAUUCUGCGGUUCCUGCACUUUGUUGACGAGACGGGCGGUGCGCUGCGGAGUGCGCUGGCGGAGGCGCAGAUUGUGCCGGCGUUGAAUGGGGUCGCAGUAGGGAAUGGCUUGCACUGA